GUAGCAUCUUUUUUCUGAGUCAUUCUAUACCUCAAGGAAAGAUCCUAAAGCGCAAACAUGAGUCUCACAGCAAAGGACAAGGCCGCAGUGAAGGCUAUUUGGGGAAAGAUCGGCAGCAGGGCUGAUGAAAUCGGAGCCGAAGCCCUUGGCAGGAUGCUGGUUGUCUACCCACAGACUAAGACCUACUUUUCCCACUGGGCUGACGUGAGCCCUGGGUCUGCACCGGUGAAGAAGCACGGAAAGACCAUAAUGGGAGCUGUCGGUGAAGCCGUCGGUAUGAUGGACGACCUGGUUGGAGGUCUCGCAUCUCUCAGCGAACUGCAUGCUUUCAAGCUGCGGAUUGACCCUGCCAAUUUCAAGAUCUUGGCUCACUGCCUCAUCGUUGUCAUUGGCAUGCUGUUCCCCGCAGAAUUCACCCCUGAUGCUCAGGUGUCUGUGGACAAAUUCUUCCAGAACUUGGCUCUUGCUCUGGCUGAGAAGUACCGUUAAAUUGCGGUGAUGUCCGCACAAAUGUGUACGAUUCUUUCUCUGACCACACGAGAGUGAAAUAAAUAUUAAAUCAACAAAAGUA